GCACCGCGAAUUUCCCUCCGCUCAGCGAACAUUUCAAUCGACCGACUGCAUACCGUCGACGCUCAACGUUCACCCAACGGCACCGUCUGUCACCUCCAACUAAUCCCUCGACAACAGGUGUAUACGGCGUCCAACAUGUCCGACAACGGCGAAGUCGAGGUCGAAAGCUCGGCGGCCUUCCAGGCCGUCCCCAAGGAUGUCCUGGCCGAGCAGGGCAGCGUGAAGCUGUUCAACAAGUGGAGCUACGAGGAUGUUGAGAUCAGGGACAUUUCUUUGACCGACUACGUCCAGAUCCGUUCCCCUGUCUACCUUCCUCACUCCGCUGGCCGAUACGCCCAGAAGCGUUUCCGCAAGGCUCAGUGCCCUAUCAUCGAGCGUCUGACCAACUCGCUCAUGAUGAACGGCCGCAACAACGGAAAGAAGCUCAAGGCUGUCCGCAUCGUUGCUCACUCUUUCGAGAUCAUCCACAUCAUGACCGACCAGAAUCCCCUCCAGGUCGCUGUCGAUGCCGUUGUCAACUGCGGUCCCCGUGAAGACAGCACCCGUAUCGGAUCCGCUGGUACCGUCCGUCGCCAGGCUGUCGAUGUCUCCCCUCUCCGCCGUGUCAACCAGGCCAUCUCUCUGCUGACCAUCGGUGCCCGUGAGGCCGCUUUCCGCAACGUCAAGAGCAUUGCUGAGUGCCUUGCUGAGGAGCUGAUCAACGCCGCCAAGGGCAGCUCCAACUCUUACGCCAUCAAGAAGAAGGACGAGCUCGAGCGUGUUGCCAAGAGCAACCGGUAAAGGAAUUCACGUUUAUUUUCCUUGUAUGUUGCUCGAUUUUGCCUGCUGGGGGUGGAGAGGGUGUCAUCAGGGUCCGGUCGAUUUGCAUGCAUCUGCGCGGCUGUACAUGCCAGGAAACAGCCACGGAGGAAGCAAGGUCUUGAAAAUGGAUGGCUUUCCUUCUUCGUAGUUGAGAUGCGAUCAUGAAGACUUCAGAUUAGUCUGCAAUAUGAAAAAUCCUUCCAAUCUCACUAGGCGUUGACAAAAAAUGUUGAAUUAUCUUGUCCCGCCCUCGACGGGAAUUUACGUUGUAAUCCGAGGUCUCCAAAAAAAAAAACA